GAAAAAAUGAAAACAGAACAGCAAGAAAGGAUGGGAAAAAAAGUUGUCACAAAAGAUAAAAAGAGCAUCCAAGUUGAAGAAAAGAUUAAAAAAGAUGUAAAAGAAAAAAAACCUGAGGCCAAGGCACCUGAAAGACUAAAGAACAAAGAAAUCAAAGCACCGGAAGUUACAACACCAAAAGCCAAGGAAAAAAAGGAGACUACCUUGGCAGUCAGAGAAAAAAUCGAUCAUAAAGAUCAAUUUGCAUUCUGUCGUUAUAUGAUUGACAUGUUUGCACACGGGAAUUUGUACACAGGCUCGUAUCCCCCCCUAUUUUUGGAACAGACCUCGGCAAUCACAGCUCUUCUCCCAGCUGCUGAAGUGGGAAAGCUUAAUGUGACAGCUACAAAAAAAGUGGAAAAAGGAAAAAAGAUGGUUCAAGAAAAGAAAGCUAUUCCACAAGUUAUAAGAAAAGAAGAAGAGAGGAAAAAAGUAACUGCUGAGAAGAAAGGUGUUCCUGAAAUUAAAAAGAAAGAAGUAGGAGAAGAAAGAAAGAUAAUCCAUGAGAAGAAAGAUGUUUCUGAUAUUCAAGCAAAAGGAAAAAAAGAAGAAAAAAGGAAAACUCCUGAGAGAACGACACUUUCUCUGGUUAAAAAGGCAGACACAAAAGAAGCCGUUUCCAUGAAAGACCUAAAAAAGCCAGCAAAAACUCCUGUAUCCCCCCAGCCAGUUUCCAUAAAAGUGGCAACACCAGCAGACAGGCCAAAGAAGGCUGCACAUGUGAAAGAAUAUGAAACACAUAAAAAAGAAAAGCCAAUAGAAAUAGCCAAAGUGCCAAAGAAACAUGUGCAUAUAAAGAAAUCUGAACCAGAUAAGAAAGAAAAGUCAAUAGAAAUAGCCAAGCUGCCAAAGAAGGCUGUGUAUGCAAACAAAACUGAAUCCCCCAAGAAAAAAAGGCCAUUAGAAACAGCCAAAGUGCCAAAGAAAGAUGUGCAUAUAAACAAAACUGCCAAAGUGCCAAAGCAAGAUGUGCAUGUAAACAAAACUGAACCCCACAGGAAAGAAAAGCCAUUAGAAACAGACAGGCUACCGAUGAAAGCCAUCCAUAUAAAAGAAUCUGAACCCCACAAGAAAGAAAAGCCAAGUGAAAUGGGCAAGGUGCCAAAGAAAGAUGUGCAUAUAAACAAAACUGAGUCCCACAAGAAAGAAAAGCCAUUAGAAACAGCCAGACUACCAAUGAAGAAUAUCCAUGUAAAAGAAUCUGAACCCCACAAGAAAGAAAAGCCAAGUGAAAUGGCCAUAGUGCCAAAGAAAGAUGUAAAUAAAGCCGAAACACAUAAGAAAGAUAAGCUAACAGACAUAGCAAAGCUAUCAAAGAAGGAUGUGCAUAUGAAAGAAACUGCACCCCAGCCCAAAAAGGAUAUCCAUAUUCAACAAUCUGAAUCACAAAGAAAAGAAAAGCCAAUAGAAAUAACUAAAGUGCCAAAGAAACAUGUGCAUGUAAAGGAAUCUGAAGCAGACAAGAAACAAAAACCAAUAGAAAUAGCCAAGCUGCCAAAGAAGGCUGUGCACACAAACAAAACUGAAACACAUAAGAAAGAAAAGCCAUCAGAAACUGCCAAGCUGCCAAAGAGUGAUGUCCACUUAAAAGAAACUGAGUCACGCAAGAAAGGAAAGUUGGCAGAAACGGCUAAGCUGCCAAAGAAGGAUAUACAUGUAAAAGAAUCUGAACCCCACAAGAAAGAAAAGCCAAGAGAAAUGGCCAAAGAGCCAAAGAAAGAUGUGCAUGUAAAUAAAACUGAAGUAAAUAAGAAAUGGAAACCAAUAGAAACAGCCAAGCUGCCAAAGAAGGCUGUGCAUGCAAACCAAACAAUAAUACAUAAGAAAGAAAAGCCAAUAGAAAUAGCCAAACUGCUAAAGAAGGAUAUCCAUGUAAAAGAAUCUGAAACAGAGAAGAAAGAAAAGCCAAUUGAAAUAGCCAAGCUGUCAAAAAAGCCUGUGCAAGCAAGCAAAACUGAAAUACACAAGAAGGAAAAGCGAAAAGAAAUUGCCAAGCUACCAAAGAAGGAUAUUCCUGUAAAAGAAUCUGAAUCCGAUAAGAAAGAAAAGUCAAUACAAAUAGCCAAGCUGCCUAAGAAAGAUGUGUAUAUAAAAGAAUCUAAACUGCAUAAGAAAGAAAAGCCAAUGGAAACAGCUGUUGGAGGAACCCACAAGCCAAAAGCUUUACAAGAAAAGAAAGAAGAAAGCCCUAGCAAGGCAGCAGAACAAGAUAAAUCAGACUCCAAAGAAUCAAGUAAAGUGUGUCACAAGCCUGAGAAAGAAAAAUCAAUGAAGACCAUGGAAACCCAGAAGAAAAAGGAUAUCUCAAAAGAAAAAGUGAAGCCUCCUAUUGCUGUCAAAGGAAAAGAGGCAGCAAAAUCAAAUGAUGCAAAGCUUCCCAUUGCUGAGAAAAAGAAAGAAACUGACAUUAAAAAGGGGGAAAGCCCAGCUAAAACAGCCUCCAGCAUGAUAAAACAAACCAAGAAUAUUUCUCAUCCUGACAUUACAGGCAAGGAGGCAGAACAUAAACCACCAAAACAAGAAGUUCUUGGGCAAAAAAAAGGAGCUCAUCUAGCAAAACCAGAAAGACCAGGAAAAGCAACAGCUGAACUCAAAGUUGCAGAUGAAAAAAAAGCAGAA